GCCUAUAGCCACCCGGAGGACACGCUGAAAACCGCUCUGCGCCGCGUUCCCCGGGACCGCGCCGAGCGGGGCGGGGGCGGGGGGCCGCGGGAGGCAGCCAGCGCGGAGCAAGCGAGCAAGCAAGCGGCGGGCGGGCGGGCGGCCGCGCAGGCUGGGGACCGGUGUCAGCGCCGCAGCCGCCCCUCCCCCACCCGGCUCCCCCCACCCCACCCCGCUCCCCCCCACCCCCCACCCCCCCCUCGGCGGCGGCGCGAGCGGGCGGCGGCCGUGCGGUGCGGUGCAGAACGCGGCGCAGGCGGGCGCGCGGGCAGCUCGCGGGCACCCGGCCGGCCGGCGCGGGAGCGGGAAAGGGUGCGCUAUGCCUUUAACGCCCGCGUACAGUAGACAGUAUAGUGGAGUGUAGGGAAACUCUAGGCGGGGUUAAAGUUCAGCGCGUGGAGCGGCAAGAGCGCUGGCUGCUGCAGUUGAGCCGAGUUGGAAAUGUGAACGCAAGAAGCAGGCUUGAUUUUUUUUCCUCCCCCCCUCUCCUAGCUCUCUCCUCCUCUCUCUCCCUCUCGCACCCACACUCACGCACACCUCCAGCCCGCACACAGACGUGCACGCACCCCCCGCCGCCCGGCAGUUAUGUAUUCUCCGCUCUGUCUCACCCAGGAUGAGUUUCAUCCUUUCAUUGAAGCACUUCUGCCCCAUGUCCGCGCCUUCGCCUACACAUGGUUCAACCUGCAGGCCCGAAAGCGAAAAUACUUCAAAAAACAUGAGAAGCGCAUGUCGAAAGAAGAGGAGCGGGCCGUGAAGGAUGAACUGCUAAGCGAGAAGCCGGAGGUCAAACAGAAGUGGGCUUCUCGACUCCUGGCCAAGUUAAGGAAAGACAUCCGACCAGAGUACCGAGAGGAUUUUGUUCUUACAGUUACAGGGAAGAAACCUCCAUGCUGUGUUCUUUCCAACCCUGACCAGAAAGGCAAGAUGCGGAGAAUUGACUGCCUCCGCCAGGCAGAUAAAGUGUGGAGGUUGGACCUCGUCAUGGUGAUCUUGUUCAAAGGUAUUCCGCUGGAAAGUACUGAUGGCGAGCGCCUUGUAAAGUCUCCACAGUGCUCGAACCCAGGGCUCUGUGUCCAGCCUCAUCACAUAGGGGUUUCUGUAAAGGAACUCGAUUUAUACUUGGCAUACUUUGUACAUGCAGCAGAUUCAAGUCAAUCUGAAAGUCCCAGCCAGCCAAGUGAUGCUGACAUUAAGGACCAGCCAGAAAAUGGACAUUUGGGCUUCCAGGACAGCUUUGUCACAUCAGGUGUUUUCAGUGUGACUGAGCUAGUAAGAGUGUCACAAACACCGAUAGCUGCAGGAACCGGCCCCAAUUUUUCUCUCUCUGAUUUGGAAAGUUCUUCCUACUACAGCAUGAGUCCAGGAGCAAUGAGGAGGUCUCUACCCAGCACAUCCUCUACCAGCUCUACAAAGCGCCUCAAGUCUGUGGAGGACGAAAUGGACAGUCCUGGUGAAGAACCAUUUUACACAGGCCAAGGGCGCUCCCCAGGGAGUGGCAGCCAGUCCAGCGGAUGGCAUGAAGUAGAGCCAGGCAUGCCAUCUCCAACCACACUGAAGAAGUCUGAGAAGUCUGGUUUCAGCAGCCCCUCCCCUUCGCAGACCUCCUCCCUGGGAACAGCAUUCACACAGCAUCACCGACCUGUCAUUACAGGACCCAGAGCAAGUCCACAUGCGACGCCAUCGACUCUCCACUUUCCAACAUCACCCAUCAUCCAGCAACCUGGGCCUUACUUCUCGCACCCAGCCAUCCGUUACCACCCUCAGGAGACGCUGAAAGAGUUUGUCCAACUUGUCUGCCCUGACGCUGGUCAGCAAGCUGGACAGGUGGGGUUCCUCAAUCCCAAUGGAAGCAGUCAAGGCAAGGUGCACAACCCAUUCCUCCCCACCCCAAUGUUGCCGCCACCACCGCCACCACCGAUGGCCAGGCCUGUGCCUCUGCCCAUGCCAGACACCAAGCCUCCAACCACAUCAACAGAAGGAGGUGCAGCCUCCCCCACCUCACCGACCUACUCGACACCCAGCACCUCCCCCGCAAACCGAUUCGUCAGUGUUGGACCACGGGAUCCAAGCUUUGUAAAUAUCCCUCAACAGACACAGUCCUGGUACCUGGGAUAAAAGUUGCAGUGUCCCACCAUCCUCCAGACAGACCACCUGACCCCUUCUCAACUCUGUAACAUGGACGCAACCUCAAUCCGGCGCAGUUACAACUUCACUGUCAGUGGAAGGGGAGAGAAACCAACUCGGAUCAACUUGUACAUGGAAACAGCAAACAUCGUGGUCAAACAGCAAAGGCCAUAACUUUUUGGGAUUCUUUUUUUUUUUUUAAUACUUUAGGGACUGUUGUAAUUUCUCAUAUGGUGCUGGAAAUGGUUGGGCUGCGAGACAUUUGAAGUGUUUCGGUGGUGGCGUGAGCAGUAGGUGAGGUGGCUGGUAGGAUGAGCCAUGCUCACGAACUUCCUGUUGUAACACUUGUAGCCUGGCCUUUUCACAGUAUUUCAUGAAUUUGCCCAUGCAGGUGUGUGACCCUCCCUGAGCAUUUGGAGACACCUGGAGAAUGAAAUCUUUUGUAGUAGCUGAGGUCUGUGAUCUGUAACUUACAGGACACUCAAAGGGCAAUGUUUUUGGGUUGGUUUUUUUUUUUUCCUGUAACAUAUUAGAAAAAGAAAAUGCAGUUAAGUUGAUCUUUCUUUUAGUUUGGUUUGGUUCAGCAGUCAGCAGUUACAUACAUAACACAACCCGCAAGGACAGUGAAUCCACUCCUGUUGCAGAACGAUUCCAAAAAGACGGCAAAGACUACUACUAUCAGUUUGGUUUUUGUUUUUGUUUUUUUUUUUAAAGUUUUGAAAUGCUGCACUUACAUUUAAAAAACAUUUUUCAACAAUUUCAACAAUGACACAAAAAUUCACAUGGAAAUGGGGAAGAUGGUCUGUUUUGACAGAAACUGACAGGAAUCAAAACAAUCGAAUUUUGAAUUGAGUGAAGUGCAAUUUCAUUGGAUAGCUAAGUAUCUUUGUAAGAUAGAGAUUGUUGAAAAUUCUAUUUUUGUUUUUGAAGUCCUCCCACCCCAGGACUCUAAAUUAUUGGGGUAAAAAACAGCCUUGCAAGAAAAAGGGGAGCUAUUUUUGCUUUUUAUGUUUUUUAUUGUUAAACUUGUAUCCCUUUAAAAAAAACUGAAGGAAAAUUAAAAAAAAAAAACAAAAAAAAACAAAAAAUACAAAUCUAAUGGUGCUUUUACCACAAUAUGUUAACUACAUUAAAUGCUAAUUAAUUAUUUUCUGUUAUCAAAGCACAUAACUCAAAUGAAAUCAUGGUAUCUGUUAAUUUUAUAAGCUAGAAAUCACUAUAAUGAAUUAUGCCAAUUCUGGAAAAUUUUACACAUGUAUGGCAACACCAGAUCUAUGGGUUAUCAAAUGCUUCAUUGUACCAGACAUUGUCCAGAAGUUUCAAAGACCCUUUGCAAACCCUGAACUGGGCUAUGGUGAAAUAAUACAAAUACUGAUAAAGACACAACUGUGUGUACCCAUUCAGAUCAAAGUACUUGUUAGGGAAAACAAAAUCGUUCACACCCCCCAGAUGUCUUGUAUCUUAUGUUUAAGGAAAAAAAAUACAAAAAAAAAAAAGAACAAAAAAUCAAAAAAGAAAAAAAAAGCAGAAACAAAUAAACAAACAAAAAAAAUGCAAGUGAUUUUUCUACCAGACAGCGAAGCACCCCCUGCUUCCCAUGCAGCGUCAGGUUUCCUAUACUAUACAUAUAUAUGUGUUCUGGUCAGCAGGCUCUGCUGACUAGAGGAAGUCUCUGCAUGUUCUAGUGUUAGUAACUAAUUUUUAUAUAGCUAAUGUAGGAUAAAGUAGAGUGCAUUAAGACAAUAUUGUAACCCCCACUCUAGGCACUUGCCUUUAAACUGUCUCAGCCCUUCAGAAGGGCUCAACUACUGUCCUAUACAAUCAAGUGACUGAAAUUCCUGGGAAGACACUUUGCUCCUCAUCUAACCCCCCCACCCCCAAACGAUGUUGUUUUGUUUUUAUUUUUUUCCUUAAUUUGCACGAAAACAGAAAUUCCAUAUCAAUGUGCCUUGCCCUGGAUAGUGAUUAUUUGUGGAAUUGUUGCACAUGCUCCUCAAUUGAAGGGGUUUUUCCCUACUCAAGCAUUCGGAGACACUUUUUGUAAAUGUUAACUUUUAUGUCAGCCAUCGUCAGUUUCAACAUCUAGACCUAAAUAGAAAGUUAGCUGUUCCGCAGACAGGCGUAGUCUUGAUUGUCCUGUGUGGUCAGUGGCAGUGCUAUUCUGAGCUCUUUAGAUGCUUACAACGUCAGUAUUUGGGAUGUCGCUGCAUUUUUUUUUCAAUUUAUUUGGAGUCUUCCUUUAUCCCUGCCCCCACCACCAGAUAUAUGAAAAUAUGCAAUACCUGCUUAUAUCAUGUAGAAAAGCUUAGCAAGUAUUAAUUUUUCUUUCUUUUUUUUUAAUUUGACCAAAGUCAGUGCUGCACAUGACGCAGUGGGUUUUAGGUGUCUGUCUUUGUCUUUUCUGUGGUUCUUGACGCACGUGCGCAGGAAGGGCUCCUCUUAGAGAAGCAGCCAAACUGUGAAGCACUAGGCUGACCCUGCUUCAAGCAAUUUUGUUUUUACAACUGUUCCUUUCACAAGCAAGCCUUAAAAAAAAAAAAGAAAAGAAAAAAAAAAGACAACUUCCUUUCUCUUCAGCCCCUCACACCCACUUUCUUAGCAGACGGCAGUCAAUCCACAGUCAAUAAAAAAGUACAUAAUGCCCAUUUUUAUAUGCACGUUUUUAAACUUCCAAGUUCUGAAAAUUGUUUACUGCUUAUCUCUAUUUAAGGAAAAAAAAUAAAAUAAAACAUUUUGGAUUUUCCUAUGUGUCUGAUAAGUGGUUGUAUAGUCAUUUGGCGCUGUUGUAUGGUGUGAUUGUCAGUGUACGGUGUCACUUCCUAUAGCCAGCAGCAGACUUUGCCUUCCCUAUAGCACUUAGCUGGGCAUUACUUUAUUAUGACAUAUGUGCACUAAAAAAAAAAAAAGACAGAGAAAGAAAAAAAGAAAGAAAAAAAUAGCAGCUUUCAGUGCUUCACAGUGAAGGGGAAAAGCCUAGACAAACAUUUUGUCAGAACCUUGCAAAAUGCCAAGGUAUUACCAGUAAAUUGGUUGUAUAUACAAUAAAAUUGCACCCUUUUUUUAAACAAAACAAACUAAGCAAUAGUUUGGGCAGUUCUAGUUGUUUUUAGUGAGCAUGUUGUAGUCUCGACUGCAAAGAGAGAGAGAAUAAACUGCCCACUCAGAAGAUAUGUAAUUUGUAUCGUUGUAUAGUUUUAUUGAUUACCCUGAUUUAUUCUACCCUAUUUUAUAAUGCAGGACUUUUGUAAUGUUGUCUAAAUGGGGAAAAUUUUCUGUCAAAUUAGCCUAGUGAAAUUUCUGAUUGUUCAUUACAAAGGCGGCGUUCAUAGCACUGCUUCUUGUUUCUUUCCCACCUCCUUUGGGAACUGGAUUAAGUUUAAAACUUGCCUGAUUCCUUUUCGUUUUGUUGGUUUGGGUUUUUUUUUUUUUUUUAAGUAUUUAAAUGCAACUAUUUUUCUGCCAAUGGUAUAGCAUAUUCCUAUGCUUGGGAAGUGUAGGUCCUACUGAAAAACCAUUGCAAAUGGACGUUACAGGUGUGCUGUACUUUUGAAGGUAUUUUGUUGUAUUAGAUUUAAUGAAGCUAAAAGUAGGGAACGCUGAACAGAUUUGCAGGAGAAAAAUGUUUUUAAAGGCUCUCAACCAUUGUGGAGGCAGCAUAGGGUGAGAGCAAACACGGGUUAAGUCGCAAAUACACCGAGUUCUGGUCUGGUCAUGCUUCAUUGUCAAGAAAGCAGCAGGAAACUGUAGUUCCGUUGUCAUCGAGCAGGAACAAAUGAAACACCAACCAAUGCAGUUUAGGUUAAGAGCUGAGUCUAGGUGCUUGAGGAAGACUUUGCUACCGGAGUGUAGAGACAGACAGCCCCAAGAGCUAUCAGCAUCUGAAGGCCCAGACUUGAUUCUGAAACACGUUGGAUUUUAUUUUUCCUCUCCCUUCAAAUGGCAUUAACACAGUUGGCAAAGACGGUCCCUCAAAUGACUGCCCCCAUUUUUGUCUUUGGGAACAGAAGUCAGAGGCACGAAGACUAACCCUCAGCAUUUUCCAAUACAUGUUCUCCCUUGGCCCCUCUCGUGGCCACCACAAAGCUCCUUUUCUAAACUGUCCGGGGCAGAUGUCUUCUCUGGUGCCCCUCUCCCCAUCCUCCAGCCCUUCUCUUCCCUCUGAGGUUUUGUCUUUUCACUGCCUGGCAUGACAUCUGGAAGCUCACUCCCUAGGCAGGGCUUGCUCCCCACCACCCCAUAUGGAGGCCUCAGGCCUCCAAGCCUCCCUUUUCCUUUCCCAACAUCCAAGAGCGCAGGAUCCAACUUUUGAGUCACACUGUGCUGUAUUCAGUCAGCCCACAAGAAUAUGCAAACUCCAUCUCAAAACCCGUGUCUUUCGCCUUCCUCAUCCUUAGCCUCAUGUGUUUCCACCUCUGUAGUGACAAUAUCAUGAAGUAUUUGCAAAGGAAAACAUUUUAUCCCAUGAUUUGUUUUUGUUGUUGUUACUGUUGUUGGGUUGGGGUAUUUUUUGUUUGUUUCGGUUUUGGUUUUGAUGGGGAAUGGUCUCUAAGACUGUCAUUUGAUAUAUAUAUAUAUAAUUUGAUAUAUAUAUAUAAAAAAAUCAGAGUUUAUCCCAUAGUCCCAGUCUCUCCCUCCUUCCCUCCCUGUCUCUUUCUCUUUCUCUCUGUCUGUGUUUGUCUCUCUGGUUUUUCUUUGCUUCUUUUCCCUUCUGGUGUCUGGUAGCAGGCCUCCAUUGAACUGUUAUAAAACACAAAAAGUGUGGUCAGUGAGGAGAGUUUGGGUGGUGCCUCCCUGCCUACCCGCCAGACCAUCCUAGGCACUCCCAGAGGCUGCCCCGCCCCUCUGGCAUGGCUAUCAGUUACAUCAGCUCCGGAGGCCAUUUUGUCUUGAAGUCAGUGCAUGCUCCUGCUGUUGGAGAGUAACCUACUCUGCCUUCCCCACGUCCAAGGCUGUGCAUUCGUCCAAUUAGUGUCAUGAAUGUUUCCCCUUUAAUUUUUCCAAUAAAAAAAGCAGUGGGAUGAAAAUCGCUUUGAUAUAUAGCAGGUAUAUUGAAGCUAUUCCAUAGCACUUAACUGUAGUGAAUACUGUGUCACCAGUUCUGAAAUCAAUUUAAUGUUUAAUGCAAAUCCAUUACAUGGUGCUAUUACAGGCUGACAAAAUGAUUCACACAAAUGUGACAACUCGGGCUCAGUUCACUCUGCUUCCCAACAGUGUAAAUGCAUAGCAGUGUUUAUCUGCAUGAGAACUAUGCACUAAUCUAUCUGAAGAAAAAAAAAAACUAUAUCAACUUUGGUAUCUAGUUUCCGUUUACUUCAAUCCUUGCCUUUUUGGUCAUUGUAAUAAUGCCAGCUUUAGGACAGAAAGAAUUAUAAGAAAACCAGCAUAAUACCUGAUAUAUUAAAAUGUAGUGCCUGUGAAACCUGUAUUAUACUGCUCUUCUGAAGUAAGAUUUUUUCUACACCGGUAGCCUUCGCUGUCUGUCAGUCAGGACCUCUGGUAUAGGUGAUGUAAAAUAACCGUACAAUAUUAUGCAUGCUAUCCCAUAAUGCUUAGUGACUGUAUGAUAUUACUCAGAGUUCUGUUAGACUUUUUUUCUGCCUCGGUUCUUAUCAGCUAGGUUUGAGGUAUUUCACUGAGAACGUGAACUCGGUCUUCCUUCCGGCUGUCUUCAGGAUCUUGGAGGUGUACACUUACUUAAAUUCAGUAUUACUUGUGUUUGUUUUCAUUUUUUUGUUUUGUUUUUGUUUUGUUUUUUGUUUUGUUUUGUUUUCUUUUGUUUCUCCUAAGGGACAAGCAUGGGUGUUUGAUUUCAGAAAUCAGUAUCUGGUGAGACUUUUGUCUCAAAACUACCAUUUGAAUUUCAAGAACUCUGCUACAAAACCACUCUGAGAAUGUUUCCAAGUGAGAGUCCUUUUCUUGACCCUCGACAGAAGCUAGACGACACUGAAGAACCUUAAUGGACAGUGUACCCAUGCUUGAUCUGUCUCACACCAGACUUCCUCAUAGUAAAAAGAAAAACAAAACAAAACAAAAAAAACUUUAAGAAAUCACAUAGCUAUUUAGUUACAUGCACAGAUGCAAUAUUUUCUUCAAAAAUAUAACUCUGUACAAACUUUGGGCCCGAUUCAUAAGAAAGAAGUUUGCUAUUAACACGGGAUUUUUAAAAUAUGCUCUCUCUCUCUCUCUCUCUCUCUCUCUCUCUCUCUCUCUCUCUCUCUCUCUCUCUCUCUCAACUUAAAUUUGGAACUAUUUGCUUCCCAAACUGAAUGUUUCUUUAAUGUUCCCCCUGAGCCAGCAGCCAUCUGCCUUUGAUUUCCCAAGGGCUGCAUUAAGGAAGUUGGAGGGAUACUGUACGGGACGUGAUCCCAGAGAGGCUCACAAGGCUAAGGGGAACUUCAGUAGAGGGAUACAACUAUGGAUGCACCCCCGUCUGUGUGUCAGACAUCCUACAUGUGGGCUCACUGUGCUGUUUGGGCUGAAACACUAACUUUGUAAAAUGUGUCUGGACCACAAGAGUAUGCAGGAGAAGUGCUACCUCUGAUCCAGCUAGAGCAAGUUCGUGGCAGAAAGUGUCACAAACUUGAAAAUGUGAAGUUUCCUGUCUCUCCAGUGCUCUCAAAGGCAAGUGGCGUCUGAGAAACAGACCAUUCUUCCUGCUCUUCAACACUCAGCUUUUCAGAAAGCCUAAAGCUUGUUUUGCUUUGACUGCAAAUUGUAUUGCUCUUGUUUUUUUUUUUAACUUUUUCUUGGUCAUGGUCUGUAAAUUUGCUUUUUUUUUUUUUCUUUUUUAA